AUGAGUACAUCACCCCACCCCCAACAGGACCAACAAGACGGACGGCGGCAGCCCGCCGCUUUCCGAAUUCGACUCGACACCACUCGCUCCCCCUACCCUACUACCCUCGUCCAUCAAUCCCACCCAAAAACCCUAGCAGGCGCCGGCGGACAGGCAGAUCGGACGGAGAGCAAUGCCGCCGCCGCAGUUCCCCGCCGAUCGGGCCAGGCCCAGACCAGGAGACAGCUCCGUCCCCGCCGUCAAGAGGGCGCCGCCUGCUUCCGCCGCCGCCUCGGCCAAGAUCGCGCGCCCGACCUCACGGCGCUCUCCGCCGCCAGGCCGCGCCCGCCGCCUUCCGCCAAGCUCGUCGCGUCGCCGCCGGACAGGAAGCCGAUCCGCCCGAUGCCGCCGCCGCCGCCGCCGCCGCAGCCUCGCUCCCCAUGGCGCCCGGCCGCGCCCGCCCUCGACGCCGGCCAAGAAUAA